AUGACGGAGUUUUCCUUGCUUCGCUUCGUGGUUGUGCUUAUUUUAGCUUUCCUACCUAAUGCUUUCUGUGCCCCUAAACAAAAUCCACAGAAAACCGAAGUCAGUGGUAAGUUAAUGCUUUGUAUUUGUCCUGUCUAAAUCAGUUGCUAACUUUAAUGAAAGUGGUUUUUUCACACCAAAAGGCACAAAAAGUUGUAAACUAAAAUUUUUUUUAAUAGUUAUUUCUAGAUUGAAAAGUUCUAACUGAGCAAACUAUAACUUGAAACUAUAACUUUGUCCCUCGGUAAAACCACCGAAAAUGAUUCAAAAUGUUCCUAUGAUCCUAAGACUACUGAGUUUUUUUAAUCGCUUUCCUCAUUAUGAAACACUGCAAAGACAACGACAGCAACAUUACGUCUGUCUUAAAUGUGUCCGGCAUACGAAAGGAAAAAGACCAACGAAACCUAUUUAAGUUUUCUUGCUUGUUGGUAUAUUUUUGCCGGAUUUGAAUAGACUUGUAUCUCAUGAUCUCGAAAAGACAGAACUGGGACUUGGUACUCAAAACUUUGAUUUGGCAGCACUUACGCAACUUGCAAUUUUCGUUAAAAGAGAGGAAAAUAAAGUCGAUUUUUCAUGAACCAGUGCUUGACUUCUGACGCGCUUUCUCAGCCUCUCGUCAGACAUCUCAUUGUCGAUUACUUUGUUCAAGAUUACUUAACAUCUGUAUUUGGAAAGAGUCAUGGCUGGACAAAACAUCAAGGAAAAAAUCGAAACUUUCAAUAUUGAUCUCUUUUUCCUGCUGUGCACUAUGUCCAUCUGGAUCAUGUGUUCUGGAUCAUUUAAAAGUACUAACUAUAAAUUGUAAUUUAGCAAGCAACUUUUAUUUGCUUUCGCCACUUUGCUUCUUAUUUGUUGCCGUUUAAUUGAGAAUCUACAGUCAGAGAAAAUUCCCUCCCUUGGAACUGAUUUUGUCUCUAGAAAGUUCUGCAAAGGAACAUUAUAUGAAUCAAUUUAUACUGUCGUAAUUUGACCAGUCUUUGGCUAAUUCGGGUCACUUUUACGGGCUUUGAAAGAAAACAGUAUUCUCAACAGGUGAGACCAAAAAUUUGCAAGGAUAACAAAUGUGCGGUAAUCUAGAUUUAAAUAUUUCUUCUUCCCAUUGCCUUGCCAAAACCUCAGGACAAGUUGUUUAUUCUCAGACAAAAGUAAAUGUUCCUAGUUGUUGUACAUCUUUUUUGUCAACGACAUAUGACACGCAGACAAUUCUUCUAAAUAUAUAGUACCAGUGAAAAAGUUAACUAACCAUAACUAAGGGAUUUUAAAAAAGAGGACGCCCAUCUGGGGUAAAUUGACCGCUUAAAUUGUUUGCGUUUUUAAAGAAAUUGAAAACGUUCGAAGUAUAGCCGAUGCUCAUGAUACUUAUCCCUGGGUAAUACGAAUCAUAUAUCGCUGCGGAAAGAUUAAGUUUUCGUUGGCACUCUCUAAUUGCUUUUCACUUUUUCAAAUUUUUUUUCUUUUAUUAAUUUAUCAAAUAUCAAUCAUUUCUUCGUUAUUCAGUUUCGCGAUUGCGAAGUUUAUAUACUAUACUGAAGUGAAUAAACUUAACCCCCUCUUCUUCUUCUUCUUCUUCUUCUUCUUCUUCUUCGCGUGCAUGAAUACAGUGAAAACCGCGCGGAUGAGAACCUGCAUUUCCCGAACAUUUAGCCGACCGGAAACGGGUUCUUACAUAAUUUAGUAAUAGUACAAAUUUAGGUUAUUGGUUCUUAUUUUCUGAAAAAGUACGUUGUAGCUAGGAGUAUUUGGUGGUAUUCAGCUUAUUCCUCAUUUAAAAUCUGCAUAACAUUACAUUGUAGUCGGAGUAAAGGCACCUAUAUGUCUCAGAUUCUCGUGUAGAGGGCACCUAAUUGGCAAAUUUUACCCUAACCGGGUUCUUAAAAACCAGGUUCCUAGUCACGAAUUUUUACUGUAUUGACUUACUGUUAGUUUUGAAGAUGUCAAUAAUAACUCCACCAAACCUGAUUUUUACUAUGGCCUCAUCACUGAACGACAUGAAAAAGAAGAACAAAGGCAUACAGGGCAUGGAGAGGCGCAACAGCAUUUUCAAAACUACGGACUAGAUUUACCGCCGACUCUCUCUUAAGACUUGUCUCUCAACGGACACCUCUUUAAGACGGAUACCUCUGUAAAACACACACCUAGAGUUGGUCCCUAACUUUCUUUACUCCCUUUAUUUGUGUUUCUAGAAGACCGACAUCUCUCCAAGACGGAAGUCUAGCGCCAGUUCCAGAGGUUUCUGUCUUACAGAGAUUUGACUGUUAUGCAUGCAAAUACGUUUUGUGUCUAUAUUUUCAAAGGAAUUUAGCUUAUCAAUCAAUAGCCAAUCGUUUCUCGUUUUACAAUUUAAUAGGUAACUGUAACUUCGAUUCCUCUACACUCUGUAACUGGCAUCAAGUUAGUGAACCGGAUGACAAAUUUGACUGGUCGUUAGAUCGAGACUCUACACCAAGUUCUGGCACAGGUCCAAUCAAGGAUGUCUCUGAAAAAGGUAAGGUGUCUUCCUGUUCAACAAGUUCACUCUGUCGCGUGUCCGUCUAUAAAACAAAUACAUUACCUUUUUUUUUAAUCUAUUCAGUUUAGAUCACAGGUGACCGGCUGGUCAGAAUUAGUGAUAACAGAAAGUGAUAACAUUUUAUUUUAUUCUUUUAGGUUACUAUGCCUAUAUCGAAUCCUCCUCUCCUCGCAAACGCGGGGACAAAGCUCGAUUAAUGACUGGUCCACUCAAAGGGGUGUACUGUCUUCGAUUCGCAUACAACAUGCAUGGCAGGACCAUAGGACAGCUAAACAUUUAUCACGUUUUACACGGCAGCGAGUUAAAUAUUUGGUGGAGAAAAGGGCAACAAACCAUUGCAAGACAAUGGAAAACAGACAAUGUUACUGUUUACGGAAACAACUACUACGUAAGUUCUCUGAUAAGUCAAACUUGUGCGGCAGUGGGAAUUUACACAAAUUUUUGAUUAUUAUUUUUUCAAAGAAUUUCUUCCUUUGCGAUGUUGGCUUACGUUUCCACAGUCAUUAGUACGGAAAAUUCUGAGCAACUUAAAAGGUUACCGACAAUCUUCGAGUUUUUAAAAAAAUUAUUCGACGAAGAAGGUCAGUCGACUGAAAAUUGAAACAUUAUUGGACGAGUGACGUGCGCAAAGAUAGAGUCGCGUAAUGGCUGUGCUAAUUGUCAAAGUAAAGAUUGAGAAAUUCCAGCUAACCCCCUCACCUGUGGCAUAAUACUUUUUAGUUCUGAUUGGUUGAGCUACUUUGAAAACCAAAACAAUGGCGACUAAAUCGCGUUUUGUUAGCUAAAGUUGUUUUGUCUCGAUAUUUUUGACAAACUAGUUGUAUUUUACUAAAACGAUUAUUCCUCUCGCCCUCAUCGCCUCUGAGUCAAUAGCGCAAUUAACUCAGAGCCCAUUCGGGCUCGAGGAAUAAUUGUUAAACAAAGUAGUUCAGCCUAAUCUUAUAGCCGUACUGUUUACUGUUGCUGCAGAUCAUUAUCGAAGGUGUCACGGGAAACAGUUACACGGGAGACAUUGCAAUCGAUGAAAUUUCAUUUGUGAAAGGCUCCUGCAGAGGAGAACCAGUUCCAACUGUCGAUGAAGAAGAGUCAGGAAAAAAUGGUAAUGGUGAGAGUUAAACUCCAUUUUUAGUGCUAAAAAGUGCAAAAAUAUUUCUGCAGGCUUGUUGAUUGCUGUAAUACACGCGUGAUUGUUCAGUAUCUAAACGUGCUGUUCAACACUUCAUCGAUAAUCUCAUAAAUUGUGAGUCGAGGGGACCAGCUCAUUAAGUGGUUUGUUAUAUAGCCCAUGGAGAGUAACCUCCAAGAGUACAAAACCUAAGCUAGCGGUCAACAUUGCUCAGAGGCCUUUUUGGCGAGAAACGGUUUUAUUGUUUAAAAAAUGUCUUGUGCCUCGAAACAGCCACUCGCAGAGGGCGCGCUGUUGGGGGAAAAUUCUAGAUAUAUACCGUUAUAUUAAAAGUUUUAAACCUGAUAAAUGAAAAAAAAACCAUUAAUAUCAAGUUGCUCUUAGUCUCCUCUCAUGACAGGUGAACACAGCAGUAAUGGCACUUGCAUUAAAAGAAAAAAAUACCCCUCAAUUACCUCCCAAUUUUUUAUAUUGAUGCUGAUUAUCAUAUUUUGCUUUUCGGCAGUUUCAGAUAGAUGUGAUUUUGAUUUGGGAUUUUGCGACUGGGGCAAUGAUUUGUCUGGUGUCGGAAAAAAGCCAUGGCGCUUGUCCUCGCACAGAGACAACCAAGUUCCUGCAUCGGUUGCUGCAAGACAAGACCACGGAAAGAAACUGGGUACGCCAGCCUGCUAUAGGUCGCUGUUGUCUGAUUACUCAUUUAUUUACUUUUGCGUCUUGAAAGUUUCCAUUUCCUGUGUAAGCAUUUCUCAAAGGCGACUCUAUGUUAUUUAGAACUCCUCUUAUGCAACGACAAACAUAAUCAUUUUCCUGGCCAGGAAAGAGAGGACGACCUCUCUUUACCCGAGUAAUUUGAGGGGCUUAUCGCUUAUUCGAACCUACAUAGGGUUUCAAAACUACUCGAGGUUAGUUUUUCCCUUGCUGUUUACUGCUUUCAGACAAUAUUUGGAAGUAACCUCUGCCGCUGUAGUACUGUACUGUCUUUAAUCACUUUGUAUGCAAUUUAAGUCACUACGAUUAAAUCCGAGAAGAAACUUAUCCCUACAACUAAGACAACUAAAUCAAGAACAUAAACGCCUUUUAUUUUCCCGUUCGAUCCCUCAAUUAAGUCUUUAGAUCCUGCUGUCUAAUGUGCGGGCAAAACUAAGAAAUCUAACUAGCAAAUGAACUCUGUAUACAAGGUGCCAACUCAAUUAAGGUUCUUUCCGCUUCUUUCACAUAGGAGGGAAGUUUGUAUAUUCAAAUCGGCAGCCUCAACAACAAGCAACGGUUUCGCGUCUGAUUAGCCGAAGACUGUGUGGUCCUAAGUGCCUCGAAUUAUACUACUUUAUGAAGCGCUUUAGGGGAAGCGAGUUGAGAGUGUCUAAAAGGAUAGACAGUAAGGAGGAUCGACUAUGGUUUACAACAGGAGUGGGAGCCCAAACUGAGGAUUGGACGAGAGUGCUGGUGGACAUUAAAGAGGAACAUGAAAAUUGCUAUCAGGUGUGUACAAUAAUUAGUCAACUUUAAUGUAAUUUAGCAACGAAAGGUUGACCUAGUAGUUCGUUCCCCUUGAUUAAGGAGUAGCCUCAUUUAAGGCAAACCACGACAGUCUUGGAUUCUGGAUUCCACGCUGUGGAUUCCGUAUUCCAGGUACUUGAUUGCUGAUUCCAUGUAUGUGGAACUAAUGGACUCCGGAAUCCCUGACUUAAUUUCCAGAUUCCAAGGCCAUGGAUUCCCCAUUCCACAAGCAAAAAUUUCCCAGAUUCCGGAAUAGGAAUUCCGGAAUUCGGAUUACCUUACAUGGAAUGAAAGAGGCUGGUCAUCAUUUUACUGAAAACAUUCGUGAUCGCCUCAUUGAUACAAUUUUUUCCCUCCGGUAUUAGCUUGUUUUUGAGUCUCGCCUUAGUGGAGCUCGAGAAUCAGUAGUGGGGCUCGACGAUGUUUUUACAAAAAAUGGCAGUUGCUGCUCAAUACGGAACACUCCAGAGAAAACAGAGAAAGGUAACACAUUUGUAGAUGGAAUUUAUAUGUAUAUAUUAGAUAUCUGUACCCUUGACUCCAACAGUUAGGCGGAUAAAAGAGAAAGUUAUGGUUAACUCUGUAGACAUCAGCAACGACCUUAGUGUGGCCCUAUUAAACUAAGACUUCCUGGGCAUGGGUAAUUUCUUGAUGACUUUAAAAUGCCCCCUUUCAUUUCAGCUUUUUUCGAGAAAUAAAUUUUAAUUUGAAAUAAGGUUUUGGAGUUACUCACCGUUCCCGACCGCCAGUCUCCUGAGUCACAAUUUCAACACAAAAGAGCCAGCCUAACCUUAUGCGUUGGAGAAUAGGAAACUGCGCCAGCAGACUAACUUAUAUCUGUUAUUCUUUUCCUAAACUUUACUUUAAACUUACCCAGACUCUAGUAGAACCUUCUAUAAUAUUAAAUAAUCAACCUACUUAUCAAUGCCAUGUUUAUAUUCUCUGUACUAUAUCAGCAAACUGCGAUUUCGAUAAAGGCACGUUCUGUAACUGGGGGCACUCUGUGAAGUCGAGUUUUGCUUGGAGCUUAGGAAGUGGACAGACUAAGAGCGGAAAAGAAAGCGGGGGGAUGACGGGGCCUACUACGGACGCUUCGGGCAAAGGUAUUUCAUGGCAAUUUUUACUGAAGCGUAUUAGACAUUAGUGGCAAUAAAAACAUCUUAGAGUUAAGUGAAACCCUUUAAAUGUAGCUAAUGUAAUAUGUCCUCUCUAAUAUUGGGUUGAUCUGAUGUUUUCUCAUAGUAACCCUCAAAAGGGCGCUUCUGGAAGUAUUCUCAUCAAUGGAUAUUUAUCCUGGGCUAGUAUUGCCAAGCGUUACUACAGGAAGGUUACAGAGGUUAAUUGAACUCUAAAAAGUGCCACUUCUUUUAAAAAAAAACACACACACACACACAAAAGCAUCACUCUUUGUAGUACGAUCCCUUGCAUGUCUUACUCUUAGUUCUUCGGUGUACUGAGAUGUAAAUUUUCUGAAUUUGGAACUGUGCGCUAUAUAACUCUAGUGUGGUUUUAAAAAUAAAAAUAGUUCAGUGUGCUGACGUAAUUUUCGGCAUUUAGAAAGUGUAGUAACUUUGUAUUUCCAUUUUUAGGCCAAUAUGCCUACAUAGAAUCUUCUGAGCCUCGUAUGAAGGGAGAUAAAGCCGUGAUGGUUAGUGAUCUUUUGUCUGGACAACAGUGCAUGCAAUUCAAGUAUCACAUGUACGGAGAGGACGUUGGUUCACUUUCAGUUUAUAGGCGGGGAAUUCUUCAGUGGAAAGAAAGUGGUAACCAUGGAGAUCAGUGGCUUGAGGGACAGGUCGACCUUGACUGCAGCAUUGAGGAGUACCAUGUAUGUUCUAAAUUACUGUUGGAGCAGAAGGGAGGGUAGGGAGAGUAGAGAGGAGAAAGUUUUCCUUCUCUGUACCAAGAUGCAGUCAUUUAAGGUCUUAAUUCUUAUAAAUUUAAUUAAAUCUGUCGUCAAAACUCCCAAGCGAGACCAUCUGUCUGAAAGUUGUCUCAGUCAGCUUACAGCAUUUAAGUUUGAAUGUGGAGUAAGAAGGUCACUGAUUUCUAGGUUAAUCGUUCUAGAAAUACAAGGACAGAAUCUGAUGUAGUUAUCAUUAAAUAUCUUUGUUGUUUUUGUCAAAUAAAAUUUAAACUUUACUUUUCGAGUUAGUUGUAACUAACAACUUUUUCUGUUUACACGCAGGUUGAAAUCGAGGCGUUCGUUGGGGGAUGGCGUGGAGAUAUUGCUUUAGACGAAUUGCAAUUUACUCCAGGGCUCUGUCCUAAUAAGACCAAUGUUAGUGCCGUAUCGCCUACCAAUACACCAGUUAUAUUGCCAACACCUCCUCCACCAUACCGUAAGUGCAGUUAAGUUAUAGGCGAGGGCAAAACUUUUUCGUUCCACCUGCAUCCUGUUGAUUUUCAGUUUAAAUAAUUUUUAAAACCUCUUCAGUUCCUCCAGCCUUCGUUGACAAGACACAGGAACGAGUGAUCGAGAUUAUUUUUUGCGGGCAAAAUCGUUCAAGGAAACUAACAAACUUGUCUCAGAAUAAUUUUGGAAAUGACGGCAUUUACCCCACUCACAAUAUAAAACCCCUCUGUUCCCUCAGGAUGAAAUUUCCAUUUUUCGAAAAAGCCAAUUGAAAAAUGUUACCUGUCAGAAAGAACUUAGGUUUGUUUAUUUCAGUCGGCACCGAUUAAAAAAAGCGCAUCAAAGCGAGCUUGCACCGUAAAUCAUUAACAUGUCAAAUAUUUUGCUGUAAAAGAAGGAAAAGGCGAAGCAAGCUUCAAAAAUAUUCCCUUCACGUGACCUUUUUUUCACUUUUGCUAAAUGGGCUAACAAUUUUGUUGAGUCUCCCAUGAUCAUGACCUCACAAAGACAUUUAUAACUUAAGUAGAGAACAUAACGCUCCUUUACAUUCUAAAAAUAAUAAUCCCAAACGAACUACUUUGAAUUCACGAGUUAGGACAAGUUCAAUAUUAGAACUCUUGCAUCUGUAGGAGUAUUGCUUAAGGCUCGUGCGUUGCUCAACUUGUUUUUAACGUUAUCAUAGGGACAUGUACCUUUUCGCAAAGUUUGUGUGGCUGGACAAAUUCACUCAAUGACGGUGGAGACUGGAAAAUAUACGCCAAUGACACACCCUCCUUUAACACUGGACCUCAUUAUGACUUUGACGGAAAUGGUAGGUGCUCAAAAUUGUUGGGCCCGGGUCAAGAGCGCGGUCACUUUUAUCGACACCGCCUCGGCGGCGUGGUUGUCUUCGGGUCCCUUACUUUCUUCACUCUAAUAUUAUUUACAAUGCUCUAUUUUAAGCUUUCUUCGAUGUUAAUGUUUGGUGGAGGAAAUUAUUACAUUAGCCACUCUAGACUAAAUCAGAAAAAUGAUUCGUUUUCUAUUAUGGGAGCCAAAAUUUGGAAGAGUAUACCGACGAGUUCGACGACCUAAACACGAUAAUCUCCGAUUUUAAAAAAUAUUAGCCCCCGCUUAUCUAAAUAACUAUUCGUAAUAAAUCUUAAGCCGUCUACACACCACCUGCCUCGAUUAGCCUUGCUAUUUGCAGGUGGUGUGAUAUUUGUAUAUUUAAUGUAAGAAAUAAAGAUGUUGUUGUUGUGAGGGAGGUAAAGCAACUACGACGACGACGGCUGCGAAAACAUCACUUAAAAAGUAAAUUCGCGCUGUUUCAAAAAGUUGUCGCACUUAUUCUAUCUCCGGCGUUCAGUUCGUCAAAUGUUGGCAAAUUUUUCUGGGGUUGAAUACUAAAGAACUGUGUCAAAGUACAGGAAAAGAAAAGGAAAGUCGUUGUCUUCCGGCUGUUCACGUCCUUAAAAAAGUGAAAAUAGGCAUUUUUACGUCGUGCAUGAUGCACGUGAAAAGUUGUUGUUUUGCUAAUCUAAACAUGUUGCCUUUUUGCCAUUCUCGUUGCCGUCGCCGUCGUCUUUACUUAAGCUUCCUCUUGAUCGCAAUAAUAGGAUAACAGCAUAAAUGUACAUGCACCAAUUGCGUUAAUCAUCCUGGGAAUCGUAUUCGAUUCAAUGUGAUCAAAACCAAUUCAUCAAAUGAAAUAUAAGUACAGUGAUAUAAGAACGAAUAAAUGACGCUAUUUUUUCUCAUGCAUGCAGGUUUCUAUAUCUAUAUGGAAGCCUCAGACCUACUAGAAGGGCAAGAAGUCCGUCUGGAGAGCGAAACAUUAAGAAUUCCAGUUUGUUUAAGUUUUUCUUACUAUAUGUAUGGUAAGGAUGUCAAAGAACUGCGACUGGUGCAGCGAAACUCAAUGAAUAACGAAACCAAAGUUGUAUGGACAAAGAAGGGCGAACAGGGGGAUUACUGGAACUUUCAGUUGCAAGAAUUAAAAGGAGAGCAAUACACGGUAAUUUUUUAAGCAAUAGAAAACGUUUUCCGUGUUUGUAAAACCUGGUAUAUUCACGAGAGGGGUUGCGAGAACUCGAGACAGUUGUAAACCCGAAACGAAGUCGAGGGUUUGCAUAACUGUCGAGAAUUUCCCCCAAUCCCUCGGGUGUUACCACUAACAAAAAAUAUUUUAUAAAUUUAGAGCGCUUUUUUUCCUUUCUUUGUCUUAAAUGCACUUUGUAGAGGACUUGACCUUCUUUUAAAUGCUUUUUUCUGUAGAUAUCUUUUGUAGCAGUCCGAGGCAAAUCUUAUCUUAGCGACAUCGCUAUUGAUGAAAUAUCUAUCCUCGAUGUAAAGGAAUGCAAAAGUUUGAGCGGGAAGGCUGGAAAACAACCGAAUCCAAGGGAUGGUGAGUAAUCGGAUUUCGAGUCGGUAUCAAAAAUUAAAACGGUUUCACUCCCGACUCAUGAUAUGAAUGUAUUUUGACUGUCUGAAGUCGUUAUUAUCGAAUAAUUGACAGAAUCUAAUCUAUCCAUGAAGACUGCCAACAUUAUCAGUACAGCCGGGAUAGUCAGGAACUUUCUCAAUGUAGAAAUUAAACCAUAUCGGCAUUUACCUCGUGUACCGAACACAGUUGACGUAAAACAAAAGAACAAAAACCAUGAAACAAUAGAGUACCAAAGUGAUGACGUCAUAAAAAUGAAAUUUCUGAAAUUAUGGGAUUUGUCAGGAUAUUCUGAAAGAACAAUUUCCAAGACGCCUACUUAGUUACCAAAAAUGAGCAUCUCGGGGCAAAUUGUCUCUGAGAUGUUAGCCGGUUAUACUCAGAAAAUUGAACUCCAUACAAACCCUUCUAAUUUUUUUUGGGUCGAUCCAAAAAAAAUUAGAGGGGUUUGUAUGGAGUUUUCUAAGCAUAACUGGGCUAAGUGCCACAUUAGUCGGCCAUUGAACAGCUUGCUCGAUCGUAUGUGUUGUUGAUUUUUAAUCGAUGUCCUUCCCAAUUCUGUUUUUGCAUUUCCGUUUCUUAUUUUUUUUUUUGUGGUUUCUAAAGUAUUGUGAUUCUCGUUAGUUGUAUUACUAAUUUUCUUUUUUUUUCUGGACCUCGUAGUGGAGUUUGCUCUGUGAGUGAUCCAAGCCUCUUGGCGAAGUUUAUAAAUAAAUAAAUAAAUAAAUAAGAAGCAGGUAUCUUUAGUUUGGAACCAAUCAGAUUAGUGACAGCUUAUAUAUGUAGCCAAUACGGAAAUGUUUCGGUUGUUUUCUACUAGUGGUUUGAGGUAAAGAAAGUUAUUCUUUUCUGUUUUAAUAUACAGAAUUUUUCCCUCGUAGAAUAAGAGGUGAAUUAAUGGGUUUUUUCUUGUUGCCCCAAGGGAAUUGUGACUUUGACAAAGGCUUCUGCAAAUGGCAAAACGUUAAGGAUAACGUUUUUGAUUGGACCAGGAAUUCAGGAAGAACACCAUCUUCCGCAACUGGACCAAGUUUUGACCAUACAAAAGGUCAAACACGUCCAAAAGGUAAUCUUCUGAUGAUUGCAUGUCCACCCUGCUAGGGUUCUAGAAAAGAAGUAGAACUAUUUAACAACUAUUAACUUCAGAAUCAGCUUUAUGGGUGCAGACCUCUCCAACGGAGAUGGACAUGAACGGUUUCUCGGGAACUAAGAAGUUAUAUUACCAGCCAUCUCUCAAAUAAUCCAGUUUCGUUUCAAAUUUAAUAACAACUCAAUUGAUAUUUCUUUUUCUUUAACAAACAAACCAGGCCAUUACAUCUACUUAGAAGCUUCUAAUCCACGCAGAAGGGGAGACACCGCUCUUCUUCUCCUCAAGCUUGAGGGCAGUUCCUUUUGCAUGCGCUUCUGGUAUCACAUGUAUGGCAGGGCUAUGGGCUCUCUCAAAAUUGUGCAUAUUAUCAAGCAAGGUACAAUAAAAGACGAACCUGCGGAUGACGACCAGCCUAAAACUAUUGAGUUCACACAAGGUUUGAGGGGAAGCCGAGACACCAGGAAGAUUGCGUGGCAGAAAUCGGGAAAUCAUAGAAACAGAUGGCACCAAGCUGAAUUGGACCUUAAGCAUGGAAAGUCUGCUGUUCACUGGGUGAGUUUCAACGGGAUGGAAACAUAUUUUGCUUAAAAAUAAUGUAAUAUUGUACUACUUAUGCACUGAGAAACAACGAGUAAUUGAUCUGUAAAUGUUCCCCCAACUGAUCAUUGCAGGACACUUUACCAUUCUAUUGUUAAUAUAAGCUCACCGUUCUAAUGCGGCUUAAAACGUUUUCUUCGAGUAACAUAACUUUACCAUUUCUAAUGUUGUUUUUAAAAUGCCCACACGCAAUACAAAUUAAAAAAAUGAUAAAUUGAAAAACUUCCCGAAAAUUUAAAGAUAACAUUUUUAACAUUCUCGCUGUAACUCGUAGUAGAGUGAAGACGGUUAACACGUUUUCCCGCCAAAAUGACGCAGGUUUACGCACGUAGCGUGCACUACUUUGUAUUAAGAAAAUCUCGUACCCAUGGUAUUACUUGUCUUAGAAUGUAAAGGUCUCUAUUUUUAGUCCUUUUCUUGUUUAAGGCUGCUUGAAAAAGGCUGACCGCUAUCUCUUUCGAAUAUGUUGUCUAUUUAGAUCGGUAUCGUCGGCGUGAUUGGUAAAAGCUACACAAGUGACAUGGCGGUGGAUGACAUUCAAUUCACAACCGGAAGUUGCUCAAGUAGAAGAAAAGCUUGAAAAGGGAAUUUCUGUUUCGAGGUGAGCAUGUUGAUUAAGGUGAAUUUAAUCCAGAAUGGUCGGGUUACACAGUUUGUCUCCAGAAACAGCAUCUGAGUAACGUAAGAAGCAGGAAACGCAUAACAAAAAUAUAAGAUAUCCUCCUCAUUCCAGGGUUCCCGCCAAGCCAAAACCCAGAAAAACUCUGUAUGAACCUUAUUCAAAGAAAAAGUUAUUCUAAUUUAUCAUGUGGCUGAAUUUGCAAUCGGGCAAGACAAAAGGAAUUCUGCGUUCUGAUUGACUACCCGGACGGACAUGAUGGGCCUAUAUAACAGUAGUAGCGUUGGGCUAUUUGCCAUAUAUGGUCCUAAAAUUUUCUAGCCUGAGUGGCGGGCGAAAUGAGAAAAGUCCAGAACAAGAAGGAAACGGGGGGUUGCCAUAUAUGGGCUAUUUGGGCCAUAUAUAUGGUUUUCAAGCAGUUUACUCUAGGAUAGGUUAUAUAAAUCAGAGCGUUUGGGUCUAGAAUAGGGUAUCAUUUUUCAGGAAACUGAUCAGUUAGUUGAAUAUUUUAUCUAGACUGGGGAAACAGCUACUCUAGGAUAGGGGAUUUUUGAAAGUUUACUCUAGUAUAGGGUAGCAAAAUUCAGCUGAACUAGCUCUGGUAUAGGUCAAGGGUUCCAGGGUCCCAGACACAUCCCCACCCAGAUCAGUGUGCCACAGUCAUUUUUGCCUCCUCCACCCUCCCCCUCUUGACUUGCCACUCUUUUUAUAAUUUCUUCGGCCUUUCACCGUUUCCUUACGUCAGAAUUUUAACUCAUAUUGACAAUUUUGAAAACUCCAGUCCAACUAGAGUAUAAGUGGUGAGUUUGAGUUUUAAGGUUUUUAUUGCAUUGUCAUAAAGUCCUUCUCUCCGUUCAUGGAUAAUGUGUCACGAAUUUUCCAUCUUCUAGUCGAUCGGUGCCUAUAUUUAAUCCGAGAUGAAAUUUGUUGAAUAAAACCACUUUAUUGAAGUAAAGGUUACAUCCAACAUAUUUAUACUUACGUUACUUUAUUUGUUAUGUUGCAGAUUGGAUCCUGAAAAUGACUAGAAUAGAAAAGGCAUUUUCUUAAUAUAUCACGACUCCAGAGAAACGGUGCCUUAUUUUCAAGAACACCACGGAGUGUUCUCUAAAUUUAUUACUCAGCUCAGUUAAUAUUUUGUUGAAUUUAGGGCCAUUCUUACGUAGAAUGACCGGUAUAGUUGAGAAGUAAUAUCAAUGUAAUUGCAUUUACCUGUAGACCGGUGCGGAAAUACUUGGUUCGUUCAGGAAACCUUCACUAUUUUGAGAUUGUUCUUCAAAUAUUAAGUCUACUAUAAAAAUGAUAUUUCCUUUCUCAAAAAAUAAUAAAUGAAUAAAUAAAUAAAUAAAUAAUGGAAUGAAAGGGGACUUAUAAACUUAAAUCUUUGCCCGCACGCUGUCGUUGUCAGUGAAUACUGAAUUAUUCUAAUCAUCCACUCAGUAUUAUAACCAUUUUCGCAACUGCAUAAGUAGCGUAUUUAGCUGCGAUGAUCUUCUUUUCACCUAUUUUUUCAUCGCAGUUCAAAUAAAUGAAAUUCAUAGAACUAUUACUUCUUACAAUAGUGUCUAAUGACGUCACAAUCAACCAAAAUGGCAGAAAUCAAAGGGAGAUGCAAAUCCAAUUUCUGGUCAUUUAAAUGUUUCUUCCUACUUCCUAUGAAAGAAGUUGAAAUGUCAAAAUAUAUUUUUGACAAGUUGAAGACAAUUUGUUGUAACAUCAAGUGGAGGUUCCCUUUUACAUCCAACAUUGCAAUUUCGAUAUCGAGUUCGCCGGCAGUGUGGACUCUAUUUGAAUUUACGAUAUAAUCGUUUUUCAUUCAUGCAGGCACUGAUUAAUUCCGGUAUAGCGGUACAGCUUCUCACUAACGAGAGCAUUUGUUUAUAAUAUAGAAUAUUUGAUAAUAACCGGGCGAACAUAAAACAUAAUCACUCAAUUAUAUUCUUUUAUCAUUUUAUCUAGAAUUAGAUGAAUUUAAUAGAGAAACCCAACAGUAGUCUUUUCACGGAUUUGAGUCUUGUGCUGUACAUGAGAUACAAAAGCAGUAAGGGCCUCUAGACAACAACAAGAACGAGACUGUAUAGAGGCUUUACACAUGACGUUACGGCGAUCAUAUUGGUGUUCCAAAAUAAUGAAACGGCGGCCAUAUCGGUGUUUCAAUCCAAUCCUGUGUGGGUAGUGGAACUCUUUUCGGAUGUAAAACGCUCUCUUUUGUUUCAAUAAAUUUGCAUAGAUGCUGGCCACGUGAGUGAAAAAGCUCUAUACGUUUCAGCUCCUUUCGAUCCAUUUCAAAUUAAUGAGCCGUUCUUCUAAUUUCAAUUAUUGAAAAAAACUAUAAAUUUAGGCAACUAACACACCUUGUUCAUCGACCAAAAUUUUGCAUAAGCAUUGUUUUUGGCUUUCUCUUAGGACAAUUCUUCUGUAUUUUUUUUGGGGGG